AUGCGGAACCUCUUCGCGAGAGCUGUUGGUCACUUAGGCGACGAAGCGCCAGAAAUCGUGGUGUUCAAUGCUGAUGUCUUUGGCUCGUUAUUCGUAUCGUGCUGCAUGCAGCUAUCGCCUUCGUUUUGGAUGACGCUAGGAGUUAUGCUUGCGGAUGUUUUUCUCAUGGGGUUAUCCCUCCGUGAUUUA